AAGAAGGAAACCGGAAACUGCAGUGGUUUGUCGGUUUUUUUGUUUAGCUCACAUGAUAUUUAGUGAACUUCUCUUCUAGUAUAAGAAAUAAAGAAGUUCACAAAUUAAAAUAUAAUUAAAAUAUAAUCUUUAACCCUCCAUGAGGUGUAAACUGACGGACUGAGGGCGCGCGUGGCUGCAGGAGAGAUUCAGCUCUGGAGGAUAAUAGAGGAGAGGAUACCAACAUCAGAGGUGUCAGCUGCACACAAGAGGCUGUAAGAGGUUGCUGAUGAGCUCUUCAGGAUCCUGGAGGUAAUGAUGGGUGAGAACGAGUCCGAAGUCUCAGGAUCCAACAAAGAGGUCGCUCAUCAAUGUCGACUGCUGAACAUCACAAUCAAGACGGAGGCAGAUGUAGACGGUAAAGAGACCCCCUGUGGGUCACACAGUGAAGACAUGUCUACAGACUCUGAGUUACUCCAUGCUAAUCCCUCACAUCUUCAGGAAACACAAAGAGCAGAAAGUACACUCCCGACUGUGGUGGAGAUAAACAGUUUUCAAGUGAAGAAGGAAGAAACUGAUGACUAUGAAGAAUAUCAUCUGAAACCUCUCGAGGACAACGUCUCCAAGAGUCCCGCAGAGGACAGACGGAUGGACGCAGAGAGCUGUGAUGCUGAGAGCAGAGAGGGUGAAAGUGAGGAGGAUACGAGUGAAAGUGAGAAAACAGACGACAGUGAUGAUGAUGAUGAUGCUGAGGGUGCUCAAGCUGCUCAAAACAAAGCUCCGAUCCAGCAGAAGUAUCGAUGUAAAGUGUGCGGUAGAUCUUUCGGCUUCAAAGCUCUGCUCAUAAAACACGUGAAGGAGGAAGAGAGGGAUGCAGAUGAAUGUGGUGUGUGUGGCAAACAUUUCGAGUCUAAGGAGAGCUUGAUGCUUCACCUUCAAACGUACAUCCCAAAAAAUGACUGUGAGCUUUGCUUGAGAAGAUUCGACAGCCUAAAAGACCUGGAGGUGCACAUAAGGCGGCACACGGGAGAGAAAGCGCACAUCUGCGGUGAGUGCGGGAGAGGCUUUACUCAGAAACUCGCCCUGAAGGGACACAUGAUCUCCCACAGGAAGAUGAUGAGGAUGCUGUACAUCUGCAGCGUUUGUGGUCAGGGUUUCAAACCAACUGCGAGCUCCAAGCAGUACCCGAUGCUGUGCGAAGUCUGUAGCGAACAUCUGGACUCCGACGAGAGCUUCAGGAUCCAUUUGGAAGUAAACCGCAAAGGAAACACGUACUGGGAUCAGACAGGUGCUGAGAGGAAAGCUGGCGAUGUUGAUGAUUCGAAGAGGGAAACUGACGGAGCGGAUGGUGAGACUAAAAGCCUCAGCAAACGAGGAACUGAGAAGUAUUACUGCAAAGUGUGCGGGAUGUCUUUCUGCAUGAGAGCCUCGUUCUGGAAGCACGUGAUGGAAAACGAGAAGGAUACGGAUAUCUGCGGAGUGUGUGGGAAACGUUUUGACUCCGAUGAGAGCUUGAGGCUUCACCUGCAAGCAUACAUGCCAGUAAAGUCCUGCAAAGUGUGCGGGUUAAAGUUUGACUGCUUGUAUCGGAUGGAGAUUCACAAGAGGACGCACACUGGGGAGAAACCUUACAUCUGCAUGUGUGGGAAAGCCUUUGCGAUAAAGAAGGGCCUGAAGAGACACAUGCAAAUCCACACCAGGGAGAAGAUGUACGACUGCCUCAUGUGUGGUCAGAGCUUCAGACACAUCCUGGGCUUCAAACAUCGCCCGGCGUUGUGUGGAGACUGUGGAGGAAACCCUGACACUGGUGAGAGCUUGGGGGCGCCCGCAAAGAUAGAAAAUGAAGAAGACACGGGCGAGGAGCAAACAGGAAACACUGACGCUGGGAUCUGUGACGCUGAGAGUGAAGCACGCAACGGUGAUGAGGGGGAGAGGGAGAGUGAACCCUCUGAGAGUGGGGCUCAAGGGUCGCACAAACAUAAAGAGCAGCAGUACUCCUGUAAAGUGUGCGGCAAGGUGUUCUGCCGUAUAUCCUAUUUCUUGAAGCACGUGAUGGAAAUCGAGAAGGAUACGGAUAUGUGUGGAGUGUGCGGGGAACAUUUCGAGUCUCAUGAGAUCUUAAAGGUUCACCUGCAAACCCACAUCCCGAUAAAGGAGUGCAAAGUCUGUGGGAAAGAAUUCAGAAGCCCCGCUCUGCUGGACGCACACAAGAUAACGCACACAGGAAAGAGGUCGUACAUCUGCAGCGAGUGCGGGAAAGCCUUCUCAGGAAACAGCAUACUGUUGAGUCAUAUGCGCAGCCACACGGGGGAAAAGCCAUUCGCCUGCGAAGUGUGCAAUCAGGGUUUUAGGAGUAAGCCGUGUUUGAGGAGUCACAUGAGAACCCACACGGGCGAGAGGCCGUUUCCCUGCAGUGUCUGCGGGAAAAGAUUCCGGCAAAGCGGGGUCUUGAAUAUACACAUGCGGCUCCACACGAGAGAGUUCAAGCACGGCUGCAUCGUGUGCGGUAAGAAGUUCAACACCAGCUCUGCGUUGAAAGCUCACAUGAGAACCCACACGGGGGAGAGGCCGUACCCCUGCAGUGUCUGCGAGAAAAGAUUCAGGCGAAGCUCGGCGCUGAAGAUGCACAUGAGGACCCACACGAGGAGACAGCAUAAAGGAGGGGAAACCACAGCUGCAGGGUCUGUGACAAAAACACAGUAAAGACUCUCAGAGAUGAAGACACCGUUCUUUGAAGAUGAGAUUGUGAAUGGUGCACACACUGUACGAAAUAUGCAGAAUGCAAGAAGGUUCCUGGUUCAAAACCUCAGUCUGGGCAGGAACCUUUCUGUGUGGAGUUUGCAUGUUCUCUAACAGCAUGCAUGGGUUCUCUCCGGCUCCUCCCACAGUCCAAAAAGAUGCUUGAUAGGUUAAUUGAUGACUCUAAAUAGUCUGUAGGUUUGAGUGUGUGCUUGAUGGAUGUUAAUCACUACGUCCCAGCCCUGUGAUUGGCUGGCGAGUUGUCCAGGGUGUACACCGCCUCUCGCCCAAUAAGAGCUGGACUAGGCCACCCGCUGCAAAAAUAUGAGUCAUAUAAUGGAUGGAUGGAUGAAAUUGCAGUGUGACAAAAACAGCUUUUUAUAAUUUGUAUGUUCAGAUUUUUGUGAUAUUGAUCCAACAACUUGUCCUGUAUUAUAAGUGACAUGAACGGUGCUUGAGUAUGUUUUUGUAAAAACAAUAAAUGAUGAAAAUGUC